AUGGUCCAGCAGCUUUGUCUCUGGAAAUGGUUCACAGUGGGGACGGCACUCGCUGCUGUCCUGGCAUGGGCUCUGGCCCAGAAUGAUGAAGACUGGCAAUAUGAGGAUUGCAAGUUGGCCAGAACAGGUCCUCCAGCCACAAUAGUUCCCAUUGACGAGGAGAGUCGCAACGGCACUAUCCUGGUUGACAACAUGCUGAUCAAAGGGACAGCAGGAGGGCCUGACCCCACCAUCGAGCUCUCCCUGAAGGACAACGUGGAUUACUGGGUGAUCCUGGACCCCAUCAAGCAGACCUUGUACCUGAACAGCACCGGCCGCGUGCUGGACAGAGACCCCCCCGUGUCCAUCCAGUCCAUCGUGGUGCAGGUGCAGUGUGUGAACAGGAAGGUGGGCACCAUCAUCAACCACGAGGUGCGCAUCGUGGUGCGCGACCGCAACGACAACUCCCCGCAGUUCCAGCAGCAGCGCUACUACGUGGCCGUCAACGAGUUAACUCCAGUUGGAACAACCAUCUUCACAGGAUUUUCUGGAAACAAUGGUGCUAUUGACAUUGAUGAUGGUCCCAAUGGCCAGAUAGAAUAUGUCAUCCAGUACAAUCCUAAUGACAAGACUUCCAACAGGACCUUUGAUAUUCCUCUCACUUUGUCCGGAGCAGUAGUUCUGAGGGAAAGACUAAAUUAUGAAGAAAAGACUCGUUAUUUUGUCAUUGUUCAAGCAAAUGACCGAGCGCAGAACCUGAACGAGCGGAGGACGAGCACGACCACGCUGACCGUGGACGUGCUGGAUGGGGACGAUUUGGGACCAAUGUUCCUGCCCUGUGUGCUGGUGAACAACACCCGGGACUGCAGACCCCUCACCUACCAAGCCAGCCUGCCAGAGCUCACAGACCCUGCCCAUGUGAAUCCCAUCAGUGUCACUCCACCCAUCCAAGCCAUAGACCAGGACAGAAACAUCCAGCCUCCUUCAGAUCGACCUGGCAUCCUCUACUCCAUCCUAGUUGGUACUCCUGAGGAUUAUCCCCAGUAUUUCCAUAUGAAUCUCACAACGGCUGAACUGACGCUCCUCAAGCCAAUAAAUAGGGAUUUACACCAGAAGUUUGACUUGGUUAUUAAGGCUGAACAAGACAAUGGCCAUCCUCUCCCUGCCUUUGCCAAUCUCCACAUCGAGAUCCUGGAUGAGAACAACCAGAAGCCUUAUUUCACAAGGUCUACCUACGAGGGCUUCAUCCUGGAAUCGUCCCCGGUGGGAACGACCAUCUCGGAUAACCGGAACCUGACCUCCCCCCUGCAGCUCGUGGUGCUGGACAACGACGUGGAGGAGACCAAGGAUCCACAGCUCCAUCUCUUCCUGAACGACUACACCACGUUUUUCACUGUGACCCAGAGUGGCAUCACCCGCUACCUCACCCUGCUGCAGCCCGUGGACAGGGAGGUCCAGCAGCUCUACACCUUCUCUAUGACAGCUUCUGAUGGAGUCCAGGAGAGUGUCCCAGUCACUGUCAACAUCGUGGUGAUCGAUGCAAAUGACAAUUCCCCAACCUUCUCCAACAUUUCCUACAGUGUCAAGAUCUAUACGGAUAUGCAGCCUGGGGAAGGUGUUAUAAAGCUGACGGCCGUGGAUGCAGAUGAGGGAGCCAAUGGGCAGAUAGUGUAUGAAAUCCUGGCUGGGGCUCAGGGGGACUUCAUCAUCAACGAGCACACGGGCCUGAUCACCAUCGCUCCGGGGGUGCUGCUGGCCGUGGGGCGCUCCUACGCCCUCACUGUCCGAGCAUCUGACUGUGCCCCCCCUGCACAGAGAAGGAGCUCCAUCACCACUGUUUACAUCGAGGUGCUGCCUCCCAACAACCAGAGCCCCCCACGCUUCCCACAGCUGAUGUACAGCCUGGAAGUCAGCGAGGCCAUGAGGAUCGGCGCUGUUCUCCUGAACCUGCAGGCUUUUGAUAGAGAGGGCGACCCCAUCAAAUACCUCAUUCAGAAUGGAGAUCCUCAGCAAGUUUUUAAUCUCUCUCAGAGCUCUGGCCUGCUGUCCUUGGGAAAGCCCCUGGACAGAGAGAGCACUGACCGCUACAUCCUCAUCGUCACGGCCUCGGACGGCAGACCCGACGGGACUUCGACUGCUACUGUCAAUAUAGUGGUGACAGAUGUCAAUGACAACGGACCAGUUUUUGACAUGUUUCUCCCCAAAAACCUCUCUGUGCAGGAAGAGGAAGCCAAUGCUUUUGUUGGUCAAGUAAGGGCUACAGAUGCAGAUGCUGGGGUUAACGGGCAGGUCCACUACAGUCUGGCCAACUUCAACAACCUGUUCAGGAUCACCUCCAACGGCAGCAUUUACACGGCAGUGAAGCUGAACAGGGAGCUGAGGGAUCACUACGAGCUCGUGGUGGAGGCGACCGACGGCGCCGUGGACCCGCGGCGCUCCACGCUCACCCUGUCCAUCAAGGUGCUGGAUAUUGAUGACAACAGCCCUGUGUUCACCAACGCCUCCUACACUGUCUGUGUGCCAGAGAAUCUCCCACCAGGAACUGUCUUCCUGCAGCUGGAGGCCAAGGACGUGGACCUGGGAGCAGAUGUGAACUAUCGGAUCCGCACUGAGGAAGCCCGGCAGCAUUUUGCCCUGAACAAGCACACGGGAGAGCUGUCGCUCCGGAAAUCCUUGGAUUAUGAAUCCUUCUCUGACACAGAGGCAACCUUCACCUUCCUCGUGGAAGCCUUUGACAGCAAGGGCACCAUGCCACCUGGGCUGGCCACUGUCACCGUCAGAGUCAAGGAUAUGAAUGAUUACUCACCAGAGUUCAGCCAGAAGCUCUACAGGGGAAUGGUUGCUCCUGAUGCAGUCAAGGGCACCGUUAUCACCACGGUCUCAGCUGAGGAUCGGGAUCCCCCGGGCACCCCAGCGAGUCGGGUUCGCUACAAGGUGGAUGUUGUCCAGUUUCCCUACAGUGCCAGCAUUUUUGAUGUGGAGGAAGACUCUGGACGUGUGGUCACCCGAGUGAACCUCAAUGAAGAGCCCAGCACAGUGUUCAAGCUGGUGGUCAUUGCCUACGAUGAUGGGGACCCGGUGAAGUUCAACACCACCACGGUGGAAAUUGCGGUGCUGCAGCCCUCAGUCAUCCCACGCUUCACACAGGAUGAAUACAGGCCUCCCCCAGUGAGUGAAAGUGCCCCGAAGGGAACCGUGGUCACCGUUGUCACCGCGGCCGCCUUGAACCAGACAGUGGUGUACUCCAUCGUGUCAGGGAAUGAAGAGGAUGUGUUUGCCAUUAACAACAGGACAGGAGUGAUCUCUUUGAAGAAGCCUCUGGACUAUGAACGUGUCCAAAGUUACGAGCUCCGAGUGCAGGCAGACUCCCUGCAGGUGGUGAGGUCCAACCUGAGGGUCCCCUCCAAAAGUAAUACAGCCAAGGUCUUUGUUGAGGUGAAGGAUGAAAAUGACCAUGCACCUGUAUUUACCAAAAAAAUGUACAUUGGAGGGGUGUCUGAAGAUGCCAGAAUGUUUUCUUCUGUGCUUAAAGUGAAGGCUGAUGACAAGGACACUGGGAAUUACAGCGCCAUGCAAUACAGGCUCAUCAUUCCCCCCAUUAAGGAUGGCAAGGAGGGCUUUGUGAUCGAGGCUUACACAGGGCUGAUCAAAACUGCCAUGCUCUUCAAAAACAUGAGGAGAUCCUACUUCAAGUUCCAGGUCAUUGCCACCGACGAUUACGGCAAAGGACUGAGCAGCAAAGCAGACGUGCUCGUCUCUGUGGUCAAUCAGUUGGACAUGCAAGUGAUUGUCUCCAAUGUUCCUCCCACCCUCGUGGAGCAAAACAAAGACCAGCUCAUAGGGAUUUUGGAACGCUACGUGCAGGACCAGAUCCCGGGGGCGACGGUCGUGGUGGAAUCCAUCGGGGCCCGGAGGUUUGGGGAUGGAUAUUCCGAGGAGGAUUACACCAAGUCCGACCUCAUGGUCUACGCCAUCGACCCACAGACCAACAGAGCCAUCAUGAGGAACGAACUCUUCAAGUUCCUGGAUGGCAAACUGCUGGAUAUCAACAAGGAGUUCCAGCCCUACCUGGGCCAGGGCGGGCGAAUCCUGGAGAUCCGCACGCCGGACGUGGUGGCCAACGUGAAGAAGCAGGCGCAGGCCGUGGGCUACACGGAGGGGGCACUGCUGGCCCUGGCUGUCAUCAUCAUCCUGUGCUGCAUGCCAGCCAUCCUCAUCGUCAUGGUCAGCUACCGGCAAUUCAAAGAGCGACAGGCUGAGUGUGCCAAGACUGCGAGGAUCCAGAUGGCUCUGCCAGCAGGAAAACCGGCUGGAGCCGCGGCCAACAACCUCUAUGAGGAGCUUGGAGACAGCACCAUGCAUCAUCUUUUUCUUCUCUACCAUUUCCAACAAAGCAGGGGAAAAAAGUCAGUCUUAGAAGAAGGAGACCGACAGAGAGUUAUAAGCAGCUUUGCUUCCCGUGCUAUAGAGGCUCACAAGCAAUCCAAUAUCAAUGGAUCCCUGAACAAUAACCUCCCCAAAUCCUCGAGUAACAUCACUUUUUUGUCCGAUGAGAACCCGCUAACGACCCGAAACCCGUUGUACGUGGAAGGUCUCCCUCAAAGCCCCGCUGCCUCUGGGUUCCUACGGAAAAGGAAUGAUACUUUAGAUACUCUUUCUCCUUCAAGACUGGCCUGGAGAGAGGCCUCUUUUGGGGGCAGCCACCGGGCGUGGACAGUGCCCACUCACCUGACCAGGAGACACAUGUCAGGGUCCCUGGCUAGGCCGGUGAUCAUGGACCCCAUCCAGUGGCAGCAGCAGCAGAGACUCACGGGCAAGGAGGAAGGAGCUGAAAACCCCGAUAGCAGUGACGAUGUCAGCAGCCCACUCUUCCAAAAGAUCAGUGGCCCCAAGCUGACUGUGAAGGAGAAGGCGAGGCAGUUUGAGGCGCUGCAGGAGAUGAAGCAAGUGAGGUCUCCCGAGGUGAAAUCCGCGCGGUCACCCACGCACGGCGCCAGCGUCCAGGAGGGAGAGAGUGUGCCAGAGCAGUCUCCCAAAAGCGUGGUGGCUUCUCCCCACCUUCGCUCCUCCCCUCUGUCCUCUCCAACACCCUGUGCUGAAGGAGUUGAAGCAGAGGCCGCCGUGGUCCCCGCUGUAAUCGUCACUCACCACGACGACCCUCAGGAACAUUCUCCUCCACCGACUCGCAAGCCAACUCCUCCAUCUUCUAGGAUUAAGAAACCACUUUGCCAAAGUUUUCUAGCUCCUCAGACCAAAGAAAAUGUAGAAAGCAUUCCAGAUCCGCCUAAAAUGCCCCCACCCCCUCCUCCACAGCUGCCACCUCCACUGCCACCACCACCUCCAUCCCCUCCUAUGUUGCCACCACAUCCUCCGCCUCCACCCGCAGUUUCUCUUCCUUCUUCUUCUUCUUCCUCUUCUUCCUCUCCAUCUCCUCUUAGCACGCAGCUCCUGUCCCCUGCCAAGCAUUCCAAAUCCCCUGCCAAACAGCCAGCUGUCCCCGCCCCGGCCGCAGUGCCAGAGCCUCCUCCCCGCCGGGAGCUCAAAGGAAUUCUUAAAAACAUUCAGAAUUUGGCCGCCAUCGAGAAGUCGGUGGCCAACAUGUACAGCCAAAUAGACAAGAACCACCUGCUGCCCAAGCACGUCCCUAAGCUCAAGCCAGCCCCGACCCCGGAGCUCCCAACUCCAGAAGCCGCAGCCGAGCACAACCAGCAGAAUGGGAACUUGAGCUGUGUAGUGGAGGAGCUGGAGAAACGCUUCCCCUCCCAGUCGACAGCUCUGUAA